GGGGGCACUUGCAGUGCGGAUACUCCAAGCAGACGGCAGACGUAAACAAUGUCACGUUCGCAUUAAAAAAUACAAGUUUUAUGAUUUCAAUUGAAGAGUCUUCGAAUUCAAAACAUUCACUAUGUUCCAGCGUGUUUCAAAGCAACUUUUGCGUCAUGAAACACUGCUCCAAAUAAAACGCUACUAUGCAUAUAAAAUAGUUAGGAUUCAGCCCCUUCAAAGGAAAACUAAUAAAAUUGAAGACAUAAGUGCUGAAAAUCAGGGUGAAGCCAUCAAAAAUGCAGUUUACCCAUUAUGGAAUGUCCCGUACAGUGAGCAGCUCGAGUUGAAAAAUGAUUGGAUUUCAUAUGUUAUCUCGCAGUACUACUCAAUUUUGGAUGGCCACCUGAAAAAUAAUGCAAAAGCCAAGCAUCGGCCAUCACUACCCUCUAGACCUCGUGUUGAAAACAUCUGUCCGUCACCAAUUAUUCAUGAAUAUAGAAAUAAAGAAACUUAUAUGGUUAGAACUGGAGUUGAUGGCAACCCGAAAACGGUAGGUUGGAUUGCGGGUAACACAAGUGGGCAGUAUGUUUGUGUUCCACCAGUUCAAGGUAUAGCUGCUCCUCAACACGUAAAAUUUGCCAAGGCCUUCCAGGAUUACAUAAGAUUAUCAGAUCUUCCUGCUUGCCAUAACUUUUCGGAAGGGGGAAACUGGACACAAGUCCAAGUUCGUUCUAAUCAAGAUGGAGAUGUUAUGGCUUUAAUUAAGAUACAUCCUCAACAGCUUACACAAGUAGAAAUAGAAGAUGAGUGUAAAAAUAUUACGGAGUAUUUUACAAAUGGUCCUGGUUCCAUUUGUAAACUCUCUUCUCUUUAUUUUCAGUCAAGUGGUUAUUUUUUAUCCAGCCCUUAUACCAAUGCUUCUGGGAGGCUAGCCCCUUAUCAACUGUUGUUUGGAGAAAAGUAUCUCAUGGAAAAAAUUAGUGGAUGUGUGUUUGCUCUUUCUCCAGCAUCAUUUGUCCAAUGUAACAUAAAAAUGGCUGAAAUAAUGUAUGACAAGAUUUUCACUGCUGCUAAAUUGUCUCCAGAAACGUCCGUCCUUGAUCUAGGUUGUGGAAUAGGAACUAUAUCGAUUCUUGCUACACCAUUUGUCCGUGGAACAGUGGGCAUUGAUAUGUGUGAAGAGGCAAUACAAGAUGCAAAAUCAAAUGCUGGUCUCAAUAACAUACAUUCAGCAAACUUCAUUGCUGGAACAAUAGAAUCAAAACUUAAAAGUGCCUUGAAAUGGCUUCAACCAUCUUCAGAUGUCGUGGCAAUUUUAAAUCCUGGUAGAUGCGGAGUUGAGACAUCUGUUUUAAGAGCUCUAAGAAGUACCCCGCAAAUACGAACAGUAAUUUAUGUGGCAUGUGAACCUAAUCACGAAUGGGUCAUUCGAAACGUGUUAGCGAUUAUCAGACCAGAGGGUAAGAAAUGUAAGGCUCCUCCCUUUAAAUUUAAAUCUGUAAUACCUGUUGACAUGUUUCCAUUAACAACACAUGCUGAAUUAAUAAUGAAAUUCUCACGGUCUUCGUAAAGGACUGUCAAGGUUUUAAAAAAUUGAAAACAAAAUAAAAUAUUCACAGCUAUGAAAAGCCUUUGAGA